CCAAAUUGUUUUGGUCAUUGCUUUUAGUGUUUAUUAUCAGGUUGACGCUGUCCCCUGCCUCCAACAUCAGAUGCAAUUUCAAAGUUCAUGCUAUGAAUUUGUGGAAAUGCAGCUGAACUUCUCAAGUGCACAGGGAUGGUGCAAAGGUACUGGUGGGCAUCUUGCUUUCAUUAAAAGUGAAGAGGUUCACCAAUUUCUGAAAAGCCACAUUACUGAUAUCAACAACAGGUGGAUUGGCCUGGCUUAUGCGACAUACGACUUGAUCCCUGAAUCAGACACUAAAGCUCUUUCUUGGUUGGAUGGAUCUGCAUUAAAUUACAAUAACUGGGAAUUUGCUCAGCCAUCCACUUCUCCAGCAGAUUGUACCUAUGUUCACAAUCACACUGGCUAUUUAACUUGGGCCAUGAUUAACUGCAACAACCUGCUUCCCUUCAUUUGUGAAUUUGACUUACAGAUGUCACCUGCCAAUAGCUAUUCGGUCUUCCACAUAAUUAUCCCUCUGGAAUGGCAACUUAAUCCAUACUUGGGAAAGUUCUCAUGCACAUUUUCCACAGGAGAUGGCAAAAUGUAUUAUGUCGAUCGCCAAGACCAGUGA